UCGCUUUUACCUUUUUGUGAGCGAGGAGGGAUUCCUAGGAGUAUAAAACGGUAAGGAGCCGAUUCGCGUGUCAGUAUGUGUGUAGUUUCAAUUUGCCCUAAGAGACUCGGUCUGUCAAGGUAGCCGCGAAAGCCCUCUUCGACUUCUUUUCUUCUCUUUGUCAUGGCGGAUUUCAUUUCGCUCGUGAGUAACCGAAUGAGUUGCAAAACGAUUUUCACUCGAGCUUGAUCCAAUGGAAAUUUUCAAUUCGACGAUCGUGAUCUCGCUUCGUUAGAUUUUUCUUUUUUAUGUCACAAUCUGAUCUUUCGACUGGAAUUUAAAUGUUCAUAGUUUUUUUUUUUAAUCUGGAUCGAUUUUUAAAUUGUACUUUCGAUUAUUGUUGGCAGAGAGAUUGAUUGGUUUUGUCAGUUUACGAAGAUUGAUAGAGGAUUACGAGCAUUAAUUUAUAGCGAAACUGUUCCACUUUCAGAGUAUAGUAAUUUUUGGUUGCGUCCUGCUAACCCGCGCAGAGCCAGCAACACCGGUCAACAGUACGUAUAUCUUAAACUUAAAAAUUCUUCUUCUUAAUCUCGCUAUCACAAAGAAAUUGUUCUGUUUAAAAAAACCUUCUGUCUGCAAAUAAAGAAUCUUUCUUUGUGAAGGCUAUUCUAUCAACGGGGAGAGCAAUGGCUUCGAAUACAACAGCAACAUCAUCAACGGUGCCUACGUACCCAGUAAAGAAGGCCACCGAGAAAACAUGGACUUUUACGGCGGGGCAAAUAGUGGACACUCGUUGACCAACAGCAGGAGCCAAACGAGCCACGAGGAAAGUUUAAGAAGCAACUCUUACACCGGAUUUUCACCCAGUUCCCACAACGCUGGUUUCCCUAGUAGUUACACCACCACUGCCACUCGCGAGAAUCUCGCCUCGGUCCCUUACAUGUCCAGCAACGCUGCCCAGUCCAGUUUCGAUAACUACAAUGGCAACAACAACAACGGAGAUUCGACUUUCGAAGCUUACACGCAGGGCAGCGAUCAAGUCGCGUCGGAUUUCGAUCAACUGUCCGCUACCAACAGGCACAAGAAUCUUUCUUACAUGAGAUUCUCCGAUAACGUGCCCGGUGCUACUAGUACAGGAAGCUAUCCGGAACUGGGCAUAGAAGCUUCCACCUUCAGAGGCGACUAUUCCGGAGAUCCUUUCAGGGGUCACACGUCUCAAAGCGCAGGAUUCAUGGACAGUGUGGAUCCAACUUUCAACAGGGAGGUCUCCAACCUCUUCGGCAGCUCUAACGGCGACUAUUCGUACGGAAAGCAGAAGGAGAAUGCUUUCGGUAUCGGAGGAAGCAGCAAGUUUGUGAAUGAGAUCUACUCGAUGCACCCUGAUACUCGCUACGUGCGAGGAAGUCACGGCAGUAUGGGCCGCGAUUACCCCUCUUCCAUGUUCUUGUCCAACUCUGGGAGUAGCCCUUUCAGCAAUGUUCGGGGAGCUGCAGCUGCAGCUUAUGGUUCCGGUAAAUACAAGUAUAACAAGUAUCUGGGUGAUUACACCUCCACUGCAGGUUUGAACUAUCUCUCUAAGGAGCAAGAGCUUGAUUACUUGCUUAAUAAUUACGGUAAAAGCGGUGGGAAACUGGCUACGAUUAAAGAAGCCAGGCCAAGCAGUAUCGCCAGUCAACUUUAUCCCGGUGGACCUUCUUCCUAUCUUAGCAAGGUUGUUGGAGGUUACAAAAGUAAGCCAAGCAUUAUGAACCUGUAUCACAGCAGCUCACCAAUUGGUUAUUCGUCCAUGUCUGGAUUACACAGUAGCUUCAGCGGUAACAGUUACGUGGAUGGCCCAUUGUUGAGAAGAUACCGGAGCAGCAGCAGCUAUGUGCCAGGACAUGCCAGUACAUAUUCUGGUUAUUAUUGA